UUCCAAAAAAAAAUUUUCGGCUUCUGCUUCUAAAUUUGUUGUAAACAGAAUGCAACGUUCCUCAACAUCUUGGCCAAAUUAUAGAAACCAAUACUACAAUCCCGUCUAUAAAAUCCGUUCAUUAAUACAAUCACUGGACGCCGAAUUGGCGGCACUCUCACAUCGUUGCGCAGUCUCAAAAAUUAACGUACUAAAUCCAACCGCAGCGAACGUAAAUUAUAUACUCGGUCACACUAGCAGCGGCACGAAAUACAAAGCCUAUCCGGAGGUGAAUAAAAGUAUGGCGAUUUUGAGUGACGGCCAAACGGCUAGCAAUGCGCAAACACGCACGCUAUCGAGCAUCUAUCGCUCACGUGUGAUCGAUGCGUUUCGCAAUCGUCGCAUAUUCACCGUUUACGGUAAUUACCAUACCAUCCGGCGCGCAUUGCUGAAUCGUGGUUGGCUGGAGAAGCUGUCGCCGAAUCGUUAUCCGAAAUUGCAAAGCUUACCCGAGGAGGUAUUGCUGCAGCAUGCCAAGCGUGGCAAUGACUAUGAGGCGGUGGCCAUUUCAAAAAUCAUUAGUCACUUUCCGGCGUUUUUCAUUUGGCAACCGAAGGCACAACGCGAUUCGCAUACGGAUGUGCUGCCGCUGCGUAAUCGUGUGCGACGCGGUCGCAAUUUGGAUUUUUCGACCAAAGUUGGUUUGAUCGGUUGCGCCGAACAGCAUCAGUGGUUCCAUCAGCAGGGUGUUUGCGGCAUGAGUCAUCCACGCUUCUAUCGACUGGGUGGCAGUUCGGAAGAGCGCAUGGCAUUCAUAGAGGAUUUUCGUCAAACGCAGUGUCGCAGUUUACUCAAAUUUAUCUUGGAGCAUGGUCAACGUUUAUCGGAGUUGGCGGAUCCGGAUGAGGGUACUAUACCGAUAUCUGUGGUGCAUUUCGCUGUGACAAAUUUGAAAAAACAUUUCGAUGAAUUCGAACAUCGUACACUGGAUGACGAUGGCGAAAAGAAUACGGAAAGUGAAAAUAUCGAAUGGCAGAACUUUAUUGCCGAUUCCAAUCAAGUUAUGCGUAAUAAUGCCAAAAUUAAAGUGACUGUACCGUUGCUGGAGGAAGUGUCCAAAUUAAGUCGCAUUUAUUUGGCAAAAAUAGAAGAGCGCCGUCGAGAUUACAAGUGGGAUGGUUGUCGUAAUCUGUGGAUCCUAAAGCCCGGUUAUCAAUGUCGCGGUCUGGGUAUUAUCAUACGUAGUUCCAUUGAUGAGAUUUUGCAAUGGGCAACCAACAAUCCGCAAAGAAGAUAUAUCGCACAGAAGUAUUUGGAACGUCCACUCUUGAUACAUAAAACCAAAUUCGAUAUACGUCAAUAUAUGCUGCUCUCCAUUAGUGAUUGUACUCUAUCUAUAUGGUUAUAUCGCGAUUGUUACUUGCGCUUCAGCUCACAGGAGUUCACCAUCGAUGAUCUGCGUGAAUCAAUACACUUAACGAAUAAUUCGGUACAGAAGCGUUAUAAGAACAAACCAAAUCGUGAUAUACGUUUGCCGAAGAACAAUAUGUGGUCGUUGGAACAAUUCAAAGUCUAUCUAAAACAUUCAAAUGCCCCCGACAAUAUAUGGGAAGAACGUAUUUAUCCGGGUUUCAAAGAGAAUCUUAUCGCUGUUGUGAUGGCCAGUUUGGAGGAGACUGAUUUUGUGGAAAAUUCGUUCGAAUUGUAUGGUUGUGAUUUAAUGUUAGACGAACAAUAUAAUCCGAUAUUAAUUGAAAUCAAUUCUACGCCGGAUCUCUCGCCAUCCACCGACGUGACGGCACGUAUUUGUCCUUUGGCUUUGAAAGAUUUGGUGAAAGUCAUUGUCGAUUUGCCGCGUAAUCCACUUUCGCCCACUGGUAAUUUUGAGCGUGUCUACGAGGUUAACUAUAAGAUCAAAAGAGAUUUCGAUCCCGAAGUUGGUUUAGACAUUUGUGGCAAAGCAAUGACACUAUUCAAACAAACAAUAGUACCGCAAAAGAAGACGCCAAUUCGUUUGCCGACCAAAUUGAUUAAGAAAACAGAACAUGCAAUAAAAGUGCCAUUGAAGCGUUUAAGAGGACCAGCUGCACAGAAAAAUAAAGCACAAAUGGACGCUGGUGUAACUGAACCCAAAAUUCUUAAAUCCGCCGCUAAAGAAGCGCUAGCACUACGCUACACCGCCCCAAAGUAAUAUGAAGAAGGAGGCGAAAUUGCAUUGUUCAAUAACUAAUGUUCAAAAGUUUAUUAAGACACACAUGCCAUUUUAUAACAGUUAAGAACAAAUUAACUAAGUGGAACAAUAAUAAAAUUUUUAUAU